AUGCCCAUUUUCAACACCUCUGAAAAUGAAAUUUCCACCUUCUUCUUGAUUGGGAUCCCAGGGAUGGAGCCUGCUAACAUUUGGGUUUCCAUCCCCAUUUGCCUCAUGUACCUUGUUGCCAUCGUGGGGAACUGUACCAUCUUAUUUUUCAUAAAAACAGAGCCUUCUCUACAUGAACCUAUGUACCGUUUUCUCUCCAUGUUGGCUGUCUCUGACCUGGGACUGUCCUUCUCCUCUCUCCCUACCAUGCUAAAGAUAUUCUUGUUCAAUGCUCCGAGAAUUUCCCCCGAUGCCUGUAUUGCCCAAGAGUUUUUUAUUCAUGGAUUCUCAGCUAUGGAAUCAUCAGUACUUCUUAUAAUGUCUUUUGACCGCUUUAUUGCCAUUUACAAUCCUCUGAGAUACACCUCCAUUCUGACCAAUGCCAGAGUUACCAAAAUAGGGCUUGUUUUCUUUCUCAAAAGUGUUUUGUUGAUCCUCCCUUUCCCUUUCACGCUAAAACAUCUAAGAUACUGUAAGAAAAACCUCCUUUCCCAUUCUUACUGCCUCCAUCAAGAUGUCAUGAAGCUGGCGUGCUCUGACAACAAGGUCAAUGUCAUCUAUGGCUUCUUUGUGGCUGUCACAAGCAUCCUAGACUUAACAUUUAUUUUCAUGUCCUACAUGCUGAUUCUGAAAGCAGUAUUGAGCAUAGCAUCAAAGAAAGAAAGGCUCAAGGUUCUCAAUACAUGCAUUUCCCACAUCUGUGCUGUGCUCACCUUCUAUAUUCCCAUUGUCUCAUUAGCUAUCAUUUACCGGUUUGCCAAACACACGUCUUCAAUCAUUAGGGUCCUCAUGGCUGAUGUUUUCCUUCUGGUACCUCCAUUAAUGAACCCCAUUGUAUACUGUGUGAAAAGCCAGCAGAUAAGAAAUCUGGUUUUAGAGAAACUGUGUCAGAAACACAACUGA